AAGUUAGUAUAGUGGUCCUACCAAGCAGAUAAACUCCUUCAAAACGACAUCAGAGCUGUAUCUUGUCGAAAAAGUAGAAUCCAUCCGCUGCUGAAGCUAGAGCUACUCGUAACAGAAAACUACCUCACAAGAUGUUUUGCGGUGGUGCCUCCGGUCCAUAUACGACGGAUUUGCCGCAGCCAAAGCCGUGUCGCGAAGGCUGGAAGCAGACGGUCGAUCGCCAGCCGCCGUAUGGUGUGUACCAACCGGGGACGGCAAACAAGGACCUGGGGGUACGGAAAUGGAAAAACAUAGAACAGAAGCCGUCAUGUGUUGUCAUGCAGGUGUCUGCAGCAGUGUUACGUUUUGUCAUGCAGGGACUGCAUUUGAUUUCGAUGCUUCUUGACAAGACUUUUCACUCCAUACUCUCUCGGUCCCAUCCUGUACAACAGCGCGUACAAGGACACAUGGAAGUUGCCGACAGGUAUCAGAUAGAUCAUGAACUACCCGAUCUUCACACUGAAAAGCUGUCAUGCGGAAACAGCAUGUUGCAAAGAUCUUGUGAUCUUCAUGUUGAAGAUCCACUAGCUGCAAAAUUAAGUAAGGUAACUAGCAUCACAUCGAAAUCACUAUAUCAGGCCCCGUCUCCGGCCACAAGAAUAUCAUCGAGUGCUGGCACAACGCCUGCCUGGACUUAUGAACUGCAAAAGCAUCGUACUAGUAUAAGUCGCAUGACAAAUUUCCACAGCAUGAGAAAUAAAAUUUGUAAUGCGGAUUUAACUUCAGAGAGAAACUUGUAAUGCAUGACUGCGAUUACUACGAGUACGAUACUUUUGCAAUGCAUAGGACGGCAAGGACGGCAACGCCAUGGGGUAUAUGCAGUGCAAAUAUGUCUAGGUUAUUUGGAAGGUUGCGCACUUGUCAAGCUUAGUCCGGAUCGUAUAAAAAUUUGUGUUGCAGGAUUGCCAAAUGUUGUUCACUUUUGACCAAGUUGGGAGAGCUUUUCUCAUGCAGGAUAGGCAUGAUCACAGAGGUCUCGCAGAGUCUGUCAUGCUAGGUCCUGCAUUGCAGCCUGUCAUGGGUUAUGGACAACCUGCAUGACAAGUCUCGCAACCUGCAGACCCAGACAUAUUUGCAUUUGAUAGGCUACCGCAAGCUGAUCGACAUCGUGUACGAAAAGGACCCGAUAUGCGAAGAAAAAAGUGUUACCGUUACACAUUGUGUUGCAGGCCAAGCAAGACAGACAAUCUCUGUCAUGCCGGAUAUGCAUCAUGGGAGCCUAGUUUGUUCAUAGAUACGCGUUUUCCCUUGUUAUGAUCUCUGCAUUGCAAGCUUUUCCUCUCAUGCAGAGAAAUAAAUCUGUGUUGCUAAAUUGUUGACAACAAAUGUGUAAUUGUAAAACACUUUCUUCCUUGGAUACCCAAAGGACGGCAAAGAAUACGAAAAGCUGCACCUCGCGAACGAGCUCACCUACGUCACCUACACGCAGUUGCUCGACCGUGUGAAAUAUCAAGUGCAAAAGUAUCGCACUCGUAUAAAUGCAUUACAAAUUUUCCCAGCAUGAGAAAUGAAAUUUGUAAUGCGGAUUUCCCUUAACGCCUAAAUUUGUAAUGCAUAACUGCAAUUGGUACGAGUGCGAUACUUUUGCACAGGACAUGAAGGCCUUCACCAUGGGUUUGAAGGACUUCACUGGUGAGGACUUCUUCGCGAACAAAAACUCCCGCGGCGUCAUUUUAUGAGAGUGCACAACCCCCCCUCACGACCCUCAUUUCUAAUGCAAAAUACCGAACCCACCUCUUGCCUCUAAGCACUGUACGCAUGACAAGUUUUGGACGCCCAAUCAGGACUACAAUCCAUGUCCGGAUUUAUUGUCAUGCAAAAGCUACAUUCAUCCUCAUCGUGGCAUUCGCAUUCCUUCUGUUGCUGCUCAUGCUAUACAAAUGCGGGGGACGGGGAGUUGUGCACUGUCAUACACUUUCGCGGACACGCAGAUGGACUGGAUGUGCUCCGUAUGGAUUGCAAAACUGUCUGGGUCUGGAAGAUUGCAACUUGUCAUGGUAAAUCUGAAGCAUGCAAAAAUCUGUGUUGCAUGAGUGCCAAAAGCUGCAAACUUUUGAACGAGUUGGAAGGAAGUUUCUCAUGCAGGAUAGGCAUGGCAGAGACCUCGCAGAGUCUGUCAUGCUAAGUCCCGCAUUCCAGACCUCAUGGGUCAUGGAAAAUCUGCAUGGCAAGUCCGCAGCUUACUUUCCAGACCCAGACACUUUUAUUUUUGAUACUCCGCGCUCGGGUUCUUUUCCCAGGCACUCCCGAUCGUGACGGUUUACUCGACUUUGGGGGAGGAGGGACUGAAGUUCGCGCUGACGCAAACCUCCGCGGAAUUCGUCGUCACCGACGCGAAACUGGCCAAGGUGCUGGCCAAGGUGCUGCCCUCGGUGAAAUCCACGAUGAAGUACGUGGUUUUACUCGGCGACGCGAAGAAGUACUGCAGUGCGGAGGUCAUUAUCAACUGCAAAUAUGUCCGGGUCUGAAAACUUGGCAUGCAUGUCAGUGAAAAAUAAGCACACUGCAAUGCACCGCCAAGCAUGACAGAUUUUUUCGUGGCUCCUCUGUGUUGUGGAUUCUGCAUGAGAUGAAGCUGCGUUUUUGGAUGGCAGACGCAAGGAGCUGCUCUACUUCGUGGCCCCGCAAUGCAGAUCUCGGAGUCAUGCCAGACUAGCAUGACACUCUUGCUCUUCUAGACCCUGACAUAUUGGCAGUUGAUAGUCAUGAAGACGUUAUCCGAAAACGUCAAAGUCGGAAUUUUCAACGAACUGGUAGAGAUCGGUGCGCCAAAGAUCAUAUGCAAAUUGCAAAAGUAUCGUACUAGUAGGAAUUAUUGCAUAUACAAAUUUUAUUCUCAGAAAUAACACAAAUGGAAUUUGUGAUACUGAUUCAGCUACUAAAGUAGAUUUGUCAUGCGAGGCUGCAAUUUUUACUACGAGUAUCUGAUACUGUUGCAGUGCAUAGAUCAGCGAAUGGGCGAUUAAACCGGUGAGUUUGGAGGAAACGGCAGUGAUCAUGUACACCUCGGGGACCACCGGGAAUCCGAAGGGCGUCGUCAUCUCGCACGGCAAUGUCGCUGCUCUAAUUGCGGCGGGGGAGCAGGUCUUCGCGGGGAUGGUGGAAGCGGGGGAUACGGUGCUGGCGUACUUGCCCUUGGCGCACAUCAUGGAGAUCGCGAGUAGAAUGGAAGUGAUGGCUUCACCUGCUAUGCUCGGCAUGCAUAAUUUGCAUAUUACAAUACUGGCAGAUCAUGUUCCUUUACUUCUGUCCCAAUAAGUCUGGUGUACUAUAAAUGCGAGAAACGCAUCAAAUAAACCAAAAGGUGAAGUGACCUGUAUGUCGACCGGAGUGACGCUCUGCUACGCGAACCCGCACACAUUAUCCGCGACCGGUGUGAAGCUGAAAAUACCGGAAUCGAAGGGAGACUUCGAGGUUUCGAGGCCGCACAGCCUGCUGUUUGCGCCAGCGGUGUUGGAAAAAGCGUACAACGGGUUGAACUUGCUCUUUGCGAGUGGGAUUAAGAAGAAGAUUUUCGACGGUAUACAUAGUGUAGUUAGAUAGUCGUGUAGUUUGUAAUGCGACAACACACGACCAUGGAUGUUGCGCGUCUGAUUUAAGUAUUUCCUUUUCAGUUUUCUGUCAUGCAUACCGCACUAGCUACAAAUCACUGCAUAUUACCGUUGUGGAUGAUUUAGAUUCGCAUUACAACGAACAGCCGCCGUCCGCAACGGGAAAGCGAAGUUCCAAGCCUCCGGCGUGACCCGCGACGAGUGCUUAUCCUAAUGAAAAACGUCCCCACCCCAGAGUCAAGAUGGGGAUUUUGCAACACAAACGUUGGAGUUUUGGGAGCCACGCAUGACAAAUUGCUAGCUGUAGUGUAGUGCAGUUUAGAAAGGGAAGUCGCAUUACAAAUCCAUCUGCUUAUCCUGUUUACAGCAUUACAAGUUCCAAAACACGAUCGGAAUUGCCUAUCAUGGGGAUGCGCAUUACAAAUGCUCUUGCGCUUGCAGAUCUGCAUGACAACUCUGGGGUGGGGACGUUUUUACAUAGGAUAGUGCUACUUGGGUACCACCGGCUGCUUUCCCAACAUUGUCUGCAAGAAGAUCCGGGCCCGGUUCGGCGGCCGACUGAAGGCGGUGUUGACCGGUUCUGCCCCGUUAUCGAAGGACUUGAUGUGCUUUUUCCAGACGAUUUUGGGGAUUCCGGUGCGACAGGGAUACGGAUUGACGGAAACGUGUGCGGUGUCGUGCAUCGCCUUCUGGUGCGACAACACGCCCGCGAGCGUCGGGCCGCCAGCGAUGGCGUCGGUAUAAUGAUGGUGUGAGUUGUUGUAAUGCAGAAUCAGAAUCUCGGUCUGUGUUUGUCAUGCGGGAAUGAGACUAGGUAUUGAAGGCGUGUCAUACUCAACUACAUGCAAAAUAAGGUCAUCCGGCUCCGUGACUGGGAGGAGGGCAACUACAAAACGUCCGACGAGCAGGACCCAAAUAUCGGCAAACCGCGGGGGGAGGUGUUAAUUGGCGGUCCGAUGGUUACGCAGGGGUACUUCAUCAAAAACCCAUCCGAUCCGGACGAAGAGGACCAGGCCUUGAUGUAUGACUCGCUCAAACGUUACAAUCUCAAACGUUACAAUAGAGUCUGGAAUUUGUGUUGCAUGAUGAGCAUGACAGACUCGCACAGCGUUCCACCUUUUGCAAUAGAAACUUUGCCAGAUUGUAGGGGGGUUUGGGGCUCAGGAACUUGUCAUGCGCAAUCCUAUGAGAGUUGAUGGCGAGAGGACUAUGCACUCUUGCGUCACAGAUUUCCAUACUCUAUUCGUAACGUUUGAGAUUGCAACACCUGAGCGGGUUACAUGAUGCAGAAAAACAAGGAGGAAUACCUGGAGGUCGACGGAUACCGGUGGUUAUCGUGUGCAAAAGCAUCGUACUCGUACUAAUCGCAGUCAUGCAAAACAAAUUUCAUUUUCAAGCUAAAUCAGCAUGACAAAUUCCGUUGGUCAUGCUGAGCUAAUUUGUGUUGCAAUACUACGAGUACGAUACUUUUGCAGUUCAUAGUGGUUUUGCUCCGGCGAUAUUGGCCAGAUCUCCCAGCACGGGACCUUGCAAAUCGUGGACAGGAAGAAGGUACUUACUCAAUCGAUACUACAGAUUUUUUGAAUUUUGCCUGGUUGUAGUACACGCGAUGGCGCAACUACUCCGCAUGAGAGUAGUACUUCCGAUGCUGUGCCGCUCCAGGGCGCCGUAGAAACGAUGCUCGCGGGGACCCUGAUCUUCCUCCCGGGAGUGGAAAUUAUUGCGGAAUUUUUAGAGGAGAUUUUUGAUGAAAGUGGGCGAGUAAGCGAAAGCAGACUGCAGGCAGCAGAGGCGAAAAUGAGAACAAGAGUAAAGCGACUAUACAAAGGGGGGGAUGUCGACACGACGUUCCCGGACUACGACUACAGGACAGAAGUGGACGAAAUCUAUCACGAAGAAGCCUCGCCGGCGGAAACGGGUUACAGGAGGGGAGAAAAGGUGACAACGGGAAAGGAAAAAGGGGGUAAAGACAGGGAGAAGAAAAAAACAGAAACAAGAUACUAUACGGGAGUCUUGCGGGGCGUCAGCAAUAAAAAGUGGACGCUUUGUGUCCAAUAUGUCGAUGGCGGCACCCUAGUGGUGAAGUUUUACAUAGAGGAUAUAAAACCUAUAGUGAGGGCAUUAAAAGCAGCAAGCUGGGCAUGCGAGGAGAUCUAUGCAACGGAGGGCCAGUUUUUGGCGCCACAGAAGUGCGAGUUAGCAACAUCCAUAGGGGGCGCGAAACUGGUUAACCUGCUCCGGCAAGCAUUCCAGCCAUUCGGAAUACUAUACGAGGAGAAGAGCUUCCUCAAGAUUCUGGGCAUCAAAAUAGUGCCGCAAGACAAAGAAGAGCAGGCGAAAGUCCUGCAGGGGCAGGUGAGGCAAAGUAUAGGGAUCGGCCAGCGCCUGGCGUGCCAGGUGAUGAUGCGAAGAAGGGGGCUGAGCGGAGAGGAAUUGACUUGGGUGGUGCAGGUGUUUUUCGUCUCGGCAAUGAUUUACUAUCUUCCAGUAAUGCGUCGCUUCUUCGAAGUAAAAAAAUGGGCAGAAUUAAUGGGAGAGAUGGCGCUGACAAUAGCAGAAACAAUGGGGAUGACAAUGGAGGUCGUGGAGGAAAAUAAUGAAAAGAACAGGAGCAGAAGCAGAGACGUUUUACAGGGUGGUCUUUGGCAUGAACAUGCUAGGGCUCGCGGAUCCGUACACGAUGGGGCUGAAAACGUUGCGGGCAACAGCGCAGGCCAACUACCUGACGGGCCCAAGUAUUUUUGCGCCUCUAGCGACGACACCAGUAAAGGUAGUGGGACAAUCGAAUGCGGGUAUAUCCAAAACAGAUGAGCGCCAGAUACUGAAAAGAAAAGAAGCAGGCCUCGCGCUCCUGCAGGCGCUUAGCGACGGGGCAAAAGUGAGGCUAUCGCCUGGGAGCGACUUGCGAGCGUGUGGAAUAGUAAAGCAGCGUAGCGCAGUAGGGAAACUGAGGACGGCGAGCCAAUAUACACACCGAGGCGACGCGAGCCUUAUGGUUGAUCGGGAAAGGCAGGGGGGAUACGGAAAAAAGGGGCAAGCAGAUAAAAAGCAAAAAAUAUGGGUGAAGCAUUCGGAAAAGGCGGGCACGACGAUAGUAACAAUACAAGAGGAAAGCUCGAGAGCCGAGGCACACCUGUGGAAAAUAGAAACAAAGGGGAGCCGCCUGAAGUCGGAAGUAAGAGAAGAAGAGAGGAGCUUCGUGGCGUAUUGCAAUAAUGCAAUAAGAACAAUCGAGAAGGUGAGGGAGAGAAGAAUAGGCAAACAAGGUAGGACAGAAAUAAUGCCACUGGACUAUAACGAACUAAGGGAAAAGACGAGCGGCCUGCUGCGCAAAGGAAAUGGCAUAGGGCUGGAGCUACGAGAAACGAUCGAAAAGGCAGAAAGCGAGGAUGCAGGGCUGACAGUCGAAAAGAGAAGAGGAAACGGAAGGAGGACGGAGGCGAAAAGGGAUAUAGAGAAGGAGAUAACGGAACUGAUCCCGCUUCGAGUAGCGAAUGUGUUGAAUCAUGACAAUGAAUACACAUGCUGGAUUCGAUUCGAUUUUGGGAAAAAGUGUAUAGGUAUGGACCCUGUAUGGGAGUGGCCGGAAAGGUCAAAAAUAAAAAGGCAGGCUUGCAUCCACAGGAAAAUAUUAGGCGAGAGCAAGAAAGAAGAGAGAGAAAACGACAACGGAGAAGGUAACAAGGAGAAGGAAAAAGCAGGGGGCGAGGGAAUGAUGGAAAAAAGGGACAAGAAGAAGGGAAGAGGUGGAGAAAACGAGAAUCGGGCCGCGAACGCGGGAGCGAGUUCGUCGGGGAGCAGCCAGGUAAAUGCAAGAGGAAAACAGAAAAAAAAAAAAGAAGAAAGAGAAGAAAAAUCGGACGAAACCCUUUCAGAAACGAUUCCCAGAUUGAUAGAAAAAGAGAAGAAGGCAGCGGACCAAGGAGGGGAGGAAAUGAAGCAGAGGGCUCUGGGAAUAAUCGAGAAGGCGACGCGACUCUUGAAAGAGGCCGAGGGAUUAGACCACGACCGGGGAGAAGAGAAGAGCACAGGAAUGGAAAUUGAUGGAGACGCAGAAAGCGCAGACGAGGGUGGAGAAAUGGAAGUCGAAACGAAAAAAGAAUCGGACGGGGGAGGCGAAUUCUACAAGGCAGAGGCAGAUACAUACGAAGGCACACGGCGCGGAUACGUUUUCAAAUUAGGGAAAGCGGGGCAAGGGUAUUACAAGGACAGGGGACCCGAGGAAGCCACCCGCGUCUUCUUUAGCUGCUGCGUAGGCUGGGGGGAGGAUGAAAAAAGGGAGGAAGCAAGAAGAAAGAGAGCAGAGCCGGCCUCAGACCCACAAAUAGAAGAGGCGCCACGAAAAAGGCAACACAGAAAAGACGAAGAGGCGACUAACACAACAAAAAACGACGAGCGAGGAGAAAAGGAAGAAAGAAAAAAAGAAGAAAAAAAAUUUCCGACACUGGAGGAACUACUGGGCGACGACUUUGAAACAAAGGAGGAGGAAGAGCAACAGCAAGAAGAAAGAAGAAAGAGAGAGGAGGAGAGGAAAAGGAGGAGGCAGGCGAAAUAUGAAACCCCUCUGCAAGAAGAACUGGCGAAAAUGUUCAGGAGUUUAGACUAAGAAGGUAGAAGAUAGGUAGUACGAUCGAGGUUGAUGCGAUGAGAAUUCAGACAAUGAACACAGUGAAGGCAUGUUGCGCAAAUUUAAUACGUUGAAGAAACACAUAAAAAAAACUGUAAGGGAAAGGGUGGGCCGCUCUCGAAGCAAAAAAAAAAAUAUAAACGAGGUGGGGGGUGUUCUGGCGGAUGCGGAGGGAGGAGUGGAAACGGAAAGAGUAUAUACGAAAAAGCGAAAUAAUUCGUAAAAGAUGGCACCAACGUCCCGCGCGUCUCAUCUCGUCCCCGCCAGCCCAGGAGGCACGGCGCUGCUUGUCAUCUCGUCCACGCUGGCCGCUUAGCCGCGGCCCGGCGCUGCUAUCCCGCUGUAGAGAGCUAGUCGAAAAGAAGAAAAUAUAUCAAAGUGGUGACAGGGUUGCUAUUUUAAAAGUCUGUGCUAAAGCAGCGCCCCCCUUCCCCAAGGGGCCCCCUCGGGGCGGGCGCGAUGGCGGCUCUGAGUAGGCGGAGCCCUGGGGCCCGAUUCUUCGAAAACGCAUGAAAAAGGUGCGCGGACUAAGGUCGGCUGAAGUGCUCGAAAGGGGUACGCUUCGGAGUUGUCCGUCAUCGUAAUAGGGUCAUCGGGUAUGAUCGAUAGACCCCCAGUAUACGUACUAGCGCACAGCCGGCCACAAAUGUAAGUUUGCGAUCAAGUUUGUAAGACUAACCCAUCAAGGCCACGCCGAGUUUCCACCUUGCUCGCGGGCUUGGAUGGUAAGGGGGUUCUGCCACAAGUAGCGCCCACUGGUUGUAGUUACGCGUAAGCAAUCGAUAACGGUUCUGCGGCUGCGGCCGGGUGGUAGUUAGGAAGUGGAUCGGGUAUCCACCUAGGGGUAUUGGCAGAGGCUAAAUCUGUUCUAGCGCCCAGGUAUUGGCAGAGGCUAAAUCUGUUCUAACGCCAACCCGCCAGGAGUUAAAUGGUUACUACUACUACGAUGCUGUGCCGCUCCAGCUUAUUUUGCGGCACAUCAUCAAAACCGGUGUUGCAGCUGCGAACCAAUUUCGUUCAUGACUUCUACAGGAUCUGUGGAAGUAUGCAUUGCAAAAGCAUCGUACUAGUAUAAAUCGCAUGACAAAUUGACUUAGCAUUACAAAUGAAAUUUGUAAUGCGGAUUUGCCUCAAGAAAAAGAUUUGUAAUGCAUAACUGCAAUUAGAAGUACGAGUACGAUAGUUUUGCAGUUCAUAGGAAGGGUCCGAACGGGGAGUACGUCGCUCUUUCCAAAGUCGAAUCCGCGUAUGAAAGUGCACAACUCCACCCCCUCCCCCUCAUUUGUAAAGCAGGAACAGCAUUAGAAGCAUCAGCAGUAGCGCAGGUUCUGCAUGACAAAUCUGUACUUAGAGGAUUACUGUGCUGUUCCAGCUGCCAGAACUUGUCAUGCAUAAUAGUGACAGGAGGCAAGGCGUGAAUUAGGUAUUUUGCAUGAGAAAUGAGAACGAGGGGGAGUUGUGCAGUUUCAUACCGCGUGCAAGCUCAGCCCCUACAUCGACCAGUGCUGCGCGUACGGGAAAACCGGCGCGGCAACCCACAUUCUGCUGGUCGUCGCGAACGAUGUGAAGCUGAAGGAGCUGGGGAAGGAGCUGGGGCAGGGCGACGGUGAUUUGGCGAAAAUCAGAACCAAUCCGGCGGUGAUUAACGCGGUGUAUGGUUCUAUGAAGGACUACUGCAAACAGUCCAAGAUCCUCCCCUUCGAAACCCCGGCGAAGUUGCGGAUUGUCGACAUCGUCUGGACACCCGAGAACGAAAUGCUGACUGCCGCGAUGUAUCCUGUGCAAAAGCAUCGUACGCGUAGUAAUCGCAGUCAUGCAUUACAAAUCUCGAUCCCAAGGUAAAACAGCAUGACAAACUCCAUUUCUCAUGCUGAGUGAAUUUGUCAUGCGAUUUCUACUAGUGCGAUACCUUUGCAAUGCAUACGAUGAAGAUGAAGCGACCCCAGAUCCAGAAACAGCACCAGGACUUGUUGGACGAGAUGUAUUCGGCGUGAAAUCUUGAUCUUGUUGAAAAAUGAUGACUGGUUGGGGGGCGGAGUAGGAGGUUUUUGGUCGAAAUUAGAAGUAGACUAGAAUUACUGUGAUUCGUUGGCAAGGAGCGGCUGCUCACUUGCUGUACAAGUCGGAGAUAAAUUGCAGACUUUUUCAACUACAGAAUAAAAAUGAAAGGCGAAGUAUAAAAAUCUGGUGAUGGUUGGUCACGGUGUUUGGAGUUUACACUACUUACACGUGGUUUUGGUUUCGUGAUUUCCGAGAAGGCGAGUUGGAGUAUAAUCGGAAUCUGGAUCAUCUUUCAAGUAGAUGAAUUGGGACGAGUUUUACUUCUAGAAGAAGAAGACUCCACACCACUACAAGGACACACCUGUACAUCAUGUAUCUGGAAAUGAACCACCACUCCUGCUAGUAGUAACUAGAGGACCGAAUUCGGAACUACCAUUGGAGAAUUCGCUUUCGCUACAUCUAAAUGCAUGUUGACAUUUCUCACGAAUUAAAAAAAAAACCCUCCACAACAUGAUGAAAAGCAAGAAACUGUGCAUAUCAUACGAUAAAAAACUACAGCAACAGAACACCGCUGGUUGCCGUACCAAAAGAGAAAACCGUAAUUGCCUUUUUUUCUUGCUCCCCCUUACAAUACAAAAGCAAAGCUGCCCCUCAGCUAUGUCAGAAAAUCCACAAUUCUACUCGUACCAGCGUGCUGCUGUACUAGUGUGCUAAAAAGGAGCUCACACUAGGUGCAAGCAUAGCAUAAUCGUGUAUAAUAAUGUAACUCUAGCGCAAUUAAUAUGGCCUAACUAAGGAACGAAAACGAAAGUCAUUGUUUCGACAUCACACUCUGCACAAGAUUCAAAAACCCCACACUUGUUUCUACAUUUCAGAAAAUAAAACAUUUGCCGGAACAGAUUCUGAGGCAGACAAGAGAACUGCGGACGAUAGCAUGAUUCUGAUUUUGCAAGGCGGUGGUCCUCGAUUGUUCUGGUUCUAGCACGCAAUCGCGCCUAUAUCUAUUUCUUAUUCUUACAUCAUGAUUUUUUUUCCCGACCACGGUCACGGAUCGCGCCAAAAAUCCAAUCACAAAAAAGUUCCUUCUGACGAAGAU